CUCAUAGUAGCUUCGAAAAAACACUGAUAGACACAACAAGAAAAUACAGUAAACAGCCAGAAAAGUAAAUCAAAUGAAGCAGCAGCAAAAACGUGCAUAGCCAGACUUUUUCCACUGCUAAACAAAUCCACAUAUUAUACAUAUUUCAAAAAUACAAAACUGUUUCACGAAGAAUUCUAUGCUACUGACGUUAUAUUUUUUAAACUACUAAAAAAAAAACAAAAUAAAAUUUAAAAAUUAAAUUUUGCCAUCAAACAAAUGCAACGGACCAACGCCAUUUAAGUGAUACAAACAAAACAAAUAAAAGUUUAAACAACAUAAGUGCUGUGAUUUCCACUACAAAACAACAACAACAACCAACCAACCAACAACAAAUGUUAAUUUAAACUGCAACAACAAGAUAAAGAAGAAGAAAAAGCAAUCAGCAAGAAAACAAACAGCAAAUUGUGAUAACUUAAAUAAUCUUAAAUUAAUUAAAUUGUAAAAGUGAUAUAAAAACCAGAAGGCAAAUACACAAAAAGCCGUCGGAAAAUUGCGAGCGAGCGAACGAACGAACGACUUUCGAUUCGAUUCGACUUUCCACACCACAAAAAAAAACCAAUGAAAAUGGAUGUUAUUCCUGUGCAAAGUAUCUACGGUAGUGUGCGAGGAUCAAACAAAACUAAAGAUUGGACCAGCACACUGACACCGCCCGUUACCGUCGAAGCGGCCGUGGCCGUUAUGCCCAAAAAGUCCAAGACCAUUGGGGGCAGCAAUAGCAAUAGCAAUAGUAAUGCCACAGCGACAGCUACCAGUAUUAAGCACAAACAGCCGGCGGGCAGCAGCAACAAUAAUGUUGGCCAAAGUCAGAGCAAGAAGACAAAGCCCAGUGGCAGCUACAAUAGCAACUACUAUUAUGCCGAUGAGGAGGAGGGUGGCAUCAACAGCAGUAAUAGCAAUAGCAACAACUAUUAUUCAUUAAAUUAUGAUAUGAAGGCCGUUGAUAAUCUGUCGUUGCGUUUGCUCGAUGAACUGAGGGCGGCCAAAUCGCGUCAUUUGACCUGUACGGAAGUGUCGCUACCCUGUGAUCUCACGCCGAGCGUGGCCCGGGAAAUAAUCCGUGUGUCGGAGAAGGAGCCAUGCGGCAUUCGUGGCUGCACCAUUUACAUUGAAUUCGAGGAUGAGCCAAAGAAUUCAAGGCGCAUUGCCUCGAUCAAAAUCGAUCCCGAUACGGUGUCCACCUUUGAAGUAUACUUGACCCUCAGGCAGGAUCAUCGCGGCUGGACGUCACUGUUGCCGCAAUUCAUGAAGAGUUUGGCCCGCACGAUCACCAUCAGUCCGGAGUAUACGAUCACCAAGAAUAAGUUAUAUUCCGCCGAUGGUUUGGGUGCACGUCGUAGCUAUAGCUUCGGCAGCCAUGCCCAUAGCCCCAGUGCGGCAAUUGCAACGCCCACAAAUUAAUAAUGGUGAUCCAGCAAGAUCUGUCAGAUUAUAUUGGUAUAUAUAGUCUGCAAGAAACAAAUUAUAAAGAAAAAAUAAAAAAACACCACCCCUGUGAUGAUCGAGAGCAGUAGUUUGUUGCAGUUGAAGAGCAACAACGAAGCAAGUAUUCGAAGCCACCCCACCUACACCACAUACAAACACACACACACAAACACACCUAAAACACACAUACACAUUAGGGUACGCCAACCACACUCUCAUACUAAUACUAUAUAUUAUAUAUGGGACCGUAAGGCCCGAUUUUUGUAAUUGUGACUCUCACCACCAUUUUACUUAGAUGCGUAGUGCUAUAACAAAUAACUAGAGUUUUAAGUUGUUUCUCCUUUUUCAAAAACUGCAAAAGCAAGAAAAACAAAAAAAGGCAAGAGAAGAGCGGAAGAAAAGUUUAAAGAAAAACAAAUUACAAAAAAAAAAAAAAAAAAAAACUAAAAGAAAAACCAACAUGAAAUUCAAAGACGGCAGCCCCACGAUUGAUAACCAGAAAAUCAUAUUUCUGGGGCCUUCGCUUUGGGGCUCGCCGGUCGACAACUCAUGAAUAUGUGAUACUGUUUAAGAUGCUAAGAGUCUCUUGCCGGAUAGACCAAAGUCCGGCAAAGGACGUUGAUAAAAAAUUACACAUUACACAAACAUAAACACACACAUACACACACACACCCCAUACAACACUUACACACAACAAAAGAACAGAUUUUUUUAAAAAUUGUAUGCUAUAUAGUAAUAAACAAACAAACAAACAAACAAACCAACAAAACAAACAAACUUGAUCUUGGUAAAUUUAAAAUUUAACUUUAAAACUGAGAAGAGAGGCCUCUCGAAAUGCGUCAGAGGAGGCGGCGAGGCGGAGGCAGUCGUAGGAUGAUGAACACACGCUCCAAUUUUAGUUAGACGCAGCUUGCUGCAAUAAAAAUUUUUUAAAUUAUUAAUUAAUAUUAAUUAAAACCAACAAAUUUUAGGAUUUUAACAAAUUUUUAUAUAUUAUUAAAUGUAUAGCGCGUACUACACAAAAAACAAAAAAAAAAAAUCCACAACAAAAACAUAAAAAUGAGAAUAAAUUAAACAUUAAAAGAAAAACAAAAACAAAAAUCAAGCGUAAAAUUUAAGGCAAUGAAUAUCUCAGUAAAUGUGAAAGCGUAAAAAAUUUGUAAAAUUUUUUUGUCUGUGUAAAACUCCCAAAUGCGAUAUAAAAAAAAAAAACUUUAACAUAAAAAACAUAACUUAAAUGUAGAGCAGCGAAAACAAAAUCAAUAAAUCGUCAAAUAAAAUGUGAAAAAAUUUAAUUAAAUGCAAUGCGAUAUAAUUUGUAAAAAUUACAAUUAACGUAAAGAGGAAAACUUAAUGUUCUCACAAAUACAAAAAACACACACCAUCCACACACACACACACACACAUAUACACACGAAAGUAUCUAUUACCAGCAAAAAGUAUCUAUCAAAGCGAAAAGAAAAAACUAUUUAUUACAAAAACCAGAGAGAGAGAAAGAAAGAAAUAAACAAGCAAAAUACGAAAAAAAUA